GCCCAGGACCUUAAUGUGAUCGAGGAGGUAAUCAGGAUGAUGCUGGAGAUCAUCAACUCUUGUCUGUCUAACUCUCUACACCACAACCCUAACCUGGUCUACGCGCUGCUCUACAAGAGGGAGCUCUUCGAACAGUUCAGAACACACCCCUCCUUCCAGGACAUCAUGCAAAACCUUGACACGGUGAGACAGAGAGAGACACACCAACAAAUGCAAGCACACACACACUCAAACAUGGAAUUCCAAAAUCCUAAUUGAAAACAAUGGCCAAUUCUGGAUUGAAACUCCUCUACUGAAUCUUAGCAAGCCUCUAAGCUUUCCAGUAGAAACCAGAAUAGUUUUGUGAAAAAGCUUUCUAGCAUUUCAAAGAUUUGGGAUUUACAAUUAAUAAUAUAUUUUAAUGGAGAGAGUUUCGCGCCUCAAUUUCUGAUGCAAAGAUACGAAGAGGGUAGAUCACUAUUCAAGUGUCAGAUGAGAAGAUGCGCAGUACAACUCUGAAUUGAUGAUUAAAAGAAGUCUACAUCCUGUACCCUCAUGGGGCUGAUAGUAAAGUAUUCAUUAAGAGUAUGAUUAUAGAAAGACGUACUAUAGCUGGCAUUCAUCUUCUUUCCAACAAAGUGUCCAGAGACAGAAAAGAGAGUGAAGUCACGUCCCAAAUUGCACCCUAUUCCCUACAUAGUGCACUACUUUCGACCAGAGCGCAUUCAAAAGUAGUGCACUAUGUAGGGAAUAGGGUGCCCUUGGGGACGUACCCAUAGCUAGCGUGUUAGAUUCACUACUCCUCUCCCUGUGGCCCGGCCCUCCUGGCUCUCAUACACACACACCAGCGUCUGUGUCUCGGCUGGCUCUGAUGCCUGUGUACUGUAGCCUGCUAGAGAUGUCUGGGACUCUGGUAGCCUGCUAGAGAUGUCUGGGACUCUGGUAGCCUGCUAGAGAUGUCUGGGACUCUGGUAGCCUGCUAGAGAUGUCUGGGACUCUGGCAGCCUGCUAGAGAUGUCUGGGCUACUGGCAGCCUGCUAGAGAUGUCUGGGCUUCAGGCAGCCUGCUAGAGAUGUCUGGAACUCUGGUAGCCUGCUAGAGAUGUCUGGGACUCUGGUAGCCUGCUAGAGAUGUCUGGGACUCUGGUAGCCUGCUAGAGAUGUCUGGGUCUCUGGCAGCCUGCUAGAGAUGUCUGGGACUCUGGUAGCCUGUUAGAGAUGUCUGGGACUCUGGCAGCCUGCUAGAGAUAUCUGGGCUUCUGGCAGCCUGCUAGAGAUGUCUGGGCUUCAGGCAGCCUGCUAGAGAUGUCUGGAACUCUGGCAGCCUGUUAGACAUGUCUGGGAAUCAGGCAGCCUGCUAGAGAUGUCUGGGACUCUGGCAGCCUGCUAGAGAUGUCUGGGACUCUGGCAGCCUGCUAGAGAUGUCUGGACCUCUGGCAGCCUCUUGGAGAUGUCUGUCAGGGACUCUGGCAGCCUGCUAGAGAUGUCUGGAACUCUGGCAGCCUCUUAGAGAUGUCUGGGAUUCUGGCAGCCUGUUAGAGAUGUCUGGAACUCUGGCAGCCUGUUAGAGAUGUCUGGGAAUCAGGCAGCCUGCUAGAGAUGUCUGGGACUCUGGCAGCCUGCUAGAGAUGUCUGGGACUCUGGCAGCCUGCUAGAGAUGUCUGGGUUGCUGGCAGCCUGCUAGAGAUGUCUGUCUGGGACUCUGGCAGCCUGCUAGAGAUGUCUGUCUGGGACUCUGGCAGCCUGUUAGACAUGUCUGGGAUUCUGGCAGCCUGCUAGAGAUGUCUGGGACUCUGGCAGCCUGCUAGAGAUGUCUGUCUGGGACUCUGGCAGCCUGUUAGAGAUGUCUGGGAUUCUGGCAGCCUCUUAGAGAUGUCUGGGACUCUGGCAGCCUGCUAGAGAUAUCUGGGCUUCUGGCAGCCUGCUAGAGAUGUCUGGGCUUCAGGCAGCCUGCUAGAGAUGUCUGGAACUCUGGCAGCCUGUUAGAGAUGUCUGGGAAUCAGGCAGCCUGCUAGAGAUGUCUGGGACUCUGGCAGCCUGCUAGAGAUGUCUGGGACUCUGGCAGCCUGCUAGAGAUGUCUGGGUUGCUGGCAGCCUGCUAGAGAUGUCUGUCUGGGACUCUGGCAGCCUGCUAGAGAUGUCUGUCUGGGACUCUGGCAGCCUGUUAGACAUGUCUGGGAUUCUGGCAGCCUGCUAGAGAUGUCUGGGACUCUGGCAGCCUGCUAGAGAUGUCUGUCUGGGACUCUGGCAGCCUGUUAGAGAUGUCUGGGAUUCUGGCAGCCUCUUAGAGAUGUCUGGGACUCUGGCAGCCUGCUAGAGAUGUCUGGGACUCUGGCAGCCUGCUAGAGAUGUCUGGGUUGCUGGCAGCCUGCUAGAGAUGUCUGUCUGGGACUCUGGCAGCCUGCUAGAGAUGUCUGUCUGGGACUCUGGCAGCCUGUUAGAGAUGUCUGUCUGGGACUCUGGCAGCCUGCUAGAGAUGUCUGGGACUCUGGCAGCCUGCUAGAGAUGUCUGUCUGGGACUCUGGCAGCCUGCUAGAGAUGUCUGGGUUGCUGGCAGCCUGCUAGAGAUGUCUGGGAUCCUGGCAGCCUGCUAGAGAUGUCUGGGAUUCUGGCAGCCUGCUAGAGAUGUCUGGGAUUCUGGCAGCCUGCUAGAGAUGUCUGUCUGGGACUCUGGCAGCCUGCUAGAGAUGUCUGUCUGGGACUCUGGCAGCCUGCUAGAGAUGUCUGUCUGUGAUUCAGGCAGCCUGCUAGAGAUGUCUGAGAGUCUGGCAGCCUGCUAGAGAUGUCUGGGAUUCUGGCAGCCUGCUAGAGAUGUCUGGAACUCUGGUAGCCUGCUAGAGAUGUCUGUCUGGGACUCUGGCAGCCUGUUAGAGAUGUAUGUCUGGCCCAACACUCUAACCGCUAGGCUACCUGCCGCCCUGAUCUUAUAGUCCAUGUUGCUAUGAUACAUUUAUGUUGCUAUGAUACGUUUAUCAGCUGUUAAAUGUGAGAAACGCAUCAGACAGAGAGAUGGUCUAUCAGUCAGAAAACAUUACAGUCAGUCAAAUCCUUAGUUCUUAUUAAACAAGGACAGAGGAUGUAAUGAUUUCCCCCCAUCAUUUAACUAGAUGCUCUGUGGAUACCCAACACAAAAGGUUUUAUAAUAGUUGGUGCGUAAAACCAUUUAGUCCAGGUACACAGAAACCAGUUAGUCCAGGUACACAGAAAAUACAUGAUCUGCACUCAAAAUCCCCCCAAAAUGUGACUAUUGCGGACGGACCUACUGUAUUUUUUUGUUGUUUUUUUGUAAGAUUUUGUUAGUUUUACACUUAAGACAUGACUCUGCCGUUGUGCUGUAGAAUAUGUGAAUUUAGUACAUUGUCUUUAUCUGUAAUUUCAUUAGUUAUGUUCCAACACUCCCUCUAUCUUGUGCCAAUAUCAGUUCUUUUGAAGUCUUGGUUGCAAUAGUUGAUAUAUUUUUCUACUGGACCUAGUGUAAAUAGACACUGUGCCAGCAGCUUUUGCGCUGCCUACACAGGUAGUUACAAUCGCUACUGAAGUUACAGUACCUGCCAGUUACUCCCUAUGUCAUCAUGUUAGGGACGUCUGUUGCAAUGGGAGACCUGUGUGACGACCCAAAGCAGAGGAUCAAAUUAAUGAUGAUCCAGAUGAUCCAAAUAGAAGCUGAGAUGAGACGAUAGUUAAAUCAGUUCAUUAUGUACAGAGACGAGACUCAUCUAAGCGUAGAUUCUCUUGACAGUCAAUGGUGUCAAAGCAAAGCACUGCCUCAGUUUCAUGAAAAACUACUCUUAAAUGAUUGACACCUUCUUUUAAAGUUGUUAUAAUAACCUAGAUGAAAGUAAAGAUUUCACACACAAAUAAAAGUAUUUUGACCUUUUAACUGACAGGUCCCUCAAGCGAACACACAAACACAUCACAUACAUAUAUACAGACACGCACCCCUGUCUGACUUGUGGUGUUCUCCUCUUGUCCCCACAGGUGAUAGGUUUCUUCAGCCAGCGUCUGGAGGCAGCAGGGACUGACCUGUCAGUAGAAAGGGUUCAGGAAGUCAUCAUGAAGGGAGCACAGGCUCUUCCCAAAGACCGCCUCAAGGUAAGAGACCAGACACACACACAGCAGUGGUAAUUAACAAUAGUGAUUUGGAUCCCAUUGACCCAACUGGAGCAUGUAUUAUUUCCAGUGUGGAUGGUGUGUUCCCGAAACAGAGCCAAUGGGAUGGGGGCUAG